AUGCCAACCUGGUACGGUUAUGCAGACCAGAGGCCCAUUGUUUGCACUGUUAACACCGUGGUAAAGCUGCAUCCUUUGCUACUUAUAGAUGGGUCAGUGCUGCUGCCUCAACCACCAGUGGAUUAUUUUCCGGUGUGCAAGCGUUGGAUCAAUCUUGCCAGCCAGAGACAAUCACACAACGGCUCAGAGGACGUUCUGCAGAUGCGCACGGAUGCGAAACAUUGUGUGAUGAAAGCACCAGUUUUAUGCCACACAAGUUAUGGCCUGCAUGACAGAAAAUCGCUGGAUGGCUGGAACUGUGAGAAUAGACCAGUCGAUUCAUGCUGGAUGGAACAACAGUGA